AUAUUUUUCACCACCCGCCUUAUUUGAUUUUGAACCCUCGAUUGUUUUUAAAAUAAGUAAUAAUGUUAUCUAACCAAACAGAAGUGACAGCCGCUGAUUUUAGUAGACUUUCGGUAAAAGAAGAUGAUCCAGAAAACUUUAUACCUAAAGCUAAUUCCACUCGAUGCUCUAGUAGUGCGUCAAGUUGUCCCCUCCAGACAAGCACAAGUAAAUGGGAGAUAUCCGAUCUGCAAACAGUUGGUGUUUUUUAUCACCCUAAAUAUACACCUCUUAUGAAACUAUUGGAUAUGGUAUACGAACAAACAGGGAUGUUUGGAAGCUUAACAAUCGAACAGAAGGAAAUAGUAGAAAGUCUACAGAAACAAAUAUUUUUUAACUAUUCUAUGGAUGAUAUUACCUUUGGAGAUGACUGUCUGGGCGAGACUCAAAAGAAUUUGAAUACAAUCAAACAAAAGAAAAUGGUAUAUGUAGAAGACUUUCUGCGAAAUACAGUGCUAAUGGUGUACUCUGCAAUGAUGAGACCUCAGCCAGACAAAGUAUCAGAAGCAGUGUUUGUCGAUUUGUUCAAGUCUCUUGUGAAGAUGUGUGGAUUAGUUCCCGUAAGUGGUUCUGAGUGGAAAUCAAAACAAAACAUUUUACAGUCUGUUGUAUCUUCAGAAGCAGAUGUAAUACUAACCACUACUGACUCACUGGAAUCCACACUUUCUCCAUUAAAUACAAUGUGUGUAGUGUCUGUUGUAGAAGUCAAAAAUAUGACUGCACAAUUGAAUAGAACAGAGGAAAAAAAUGACUGCCCAAUGAGAACAAGACCAAGGAGAAAUAUAUCUUCAUAUUCCACAUCCAGUGAAGAAUCUUUUUAUGAGGAGCCUUUUAUCUUUAAAAGAAUAAGAGAUAGAGUUCUUAGUCAGCAUGGUGGAGAACUACUUAUGCAUGUAAUUGAAUACAACAAAUGGAAAAAUAAAUUUGAUUGCAAAACAAAGAAGUCAAAAUAUCGUCCAGGAAUGAUAGUGGUUGGAACACAGGUUACUCUGACUCUUUUCGACUAUAGUUAUGAUCAUCACAGAGAAUUAAAAUCUAAAAGUGUUGUUGAAAAAGGAAGAAGCUGCAUAUACUACUCAGAACAGAGAGAUUUUUUAAAGAAAGAAGACCGUGAUAUGUUGCUUGAGGCAUUUGUAAGAAUGACAAAUACGGAAAAAGUAUAAAUGAAAAAGAUGUGUGAGGUUUUUGGCAGAAAUUAUGGUUUGUAAUAGACAUGAUAAAAAAGCAAUGUAAACACAAAUAAGGAUCUGGACACUUCUGUUUUUUUUUAGUUUGAAUAGUAUCCAUAAUAUUAAGAAAGAGUAACAAAAUUAUUUUACAAGCUUGCACAUUUAGAGAAGCAUGACAUACCAUUUCUUCUUCUUUUCUUUGAAUAGCUAAAAUUUCAGAUUUAAUCCUCGAGAGUACCUAGCAGGGUGGUCAAAAUGGUGUAGAUUUUCAGAUUUUGUGUCCAGUUUGGGGAAAAAGCUGAAAUGAAAAAAAUAGAUUUUUUUUUAUGUCAGUUUUCAGACCUGAUAGGCAAGAAAUAGUCUUUUGUAGAGAAAGCAGUAUGUUGCAAUAACUCUCAUACUCUUUUCACCAAAUCUGAGGCCAAAAUUUAUUUAUAUAUAUAAGCCUUAAAUCCUUAUGUCCUUUUUGAAAUCUGUGUCCAGUUUUUAUGUCAUUUGGAAAAUUAUGUCCAUUUGAAAUGUAGGGCCUUAAAUCCUUGUCCUUUUUAGCUCACCUGACCUGAAAGGUCAAGUGAGCUUUUCUCAUCACUCGGUGUCCGUCUUCGUCCGUCGUCUGUAAACUUUUACAAAAAUCUUCUCCUCUGAAACAACUCGGCCAAAUUUAACCAAAUUUGGCCACAAUCAUCAUUGGGGUAUCUAGUUUGAAAAUUGCGUGGCAUGACCGGACCAAUCAGCAAAGAUGGCCGCCAUUGCUAAAAAUAGAACAAUGGGGUAAAAUGUAGAUUUUGGCUUUUAACUCUGGAACCAAAGCAUUUAGAGCAAAUCUGACAUGGGGGUUAAAUUGUCUAUUAGGUGAAGAUCUAUCUGCCCUGAAAUUUUCAGACAAAUCGGACAACCCAUUAUUUGGUUGCUGCCUCGAAAUUAGUAAUUUGAAGGAAAUUUUGCAGAUUUUGGUUAUUAUCUUGAAUACUAUUAUAAAUAGAGAUAAACUGUAAACAGCAAUAAUGUUCAGCAAAAUAAGAUCUGCAAAUAAGUCAACAUGAACAAAAUUUUCAGUUGACCCCUUAAGGAGUUUUUGCCCUUUAUAGUCAAUUUGUUACGGGAUUUUUGUGACAAAAAUGUCGGUUAUUGAUUUGGGGAGGUACGGCGGGUGGGUGCCCGGGCAGGCGGCAAUCAAAUGUUGUCCUUACAUUAUCUCAUGAACCGAUCAACCAAAGCAUUUUUAAAAUUUUAAUAUGUUGUUACUGACAACUAAAUGAAGGUCAAGUUAAAUAAUGCCAAUUUUGACUUUUACCGUUCAGGAGUUAUGGUUCUUGAAAGAUUGAAAAAUGGAGUUUCCAGUCGUGUCCGUGCAUUUACUCAUGAACCGUUCAACCAAAGCUUUUAAAAAAUUUUAAUAUGUUGUUACUGAAAACUAAAUGAAGGUCAAGUUCAAUAAUGGCGAUUUUGACUUUUACCGCUCAGGAGUUAUGGUUCUUGAAAGAUUGAAAAAUGGAGUUUCCAGUCAUGUCCGUGCAUUUACGCAUGAACUGUUCUACCAAUGCUUCCCAAAUUUAAGUAGGUUGUUACUGAUGACAAAAUGGAGGUCAAGUUCAAUAAUGACGAUUUUGACUUUUACCAUUCAGGAGUUGUGGUUCUUGAAAGAUCAUAGAAUGGCGUUUCCAUUCACGUUGUUGCAUUUACUCAUGAACCAUUCAAUCUAAGCUUUUCAAAUUUUAGUAUGUUGAUACUGAUGACAAAAUGGAGGUCAAAUUUGAUAUUGACGAUUUUCACUUUCACCAUUCAUCAGUAAUGGUUAUUGUGAUAUUGCCAGGACAAAAAUUAAUGUUAAUAAAUCUGGUUUGCUGUCGUUGUGACAGCCUCUUGUUAACCAUUUUUCAAAAAUUUUAGUAUUCUUUUACAAAAAUCUUCUCCUGAAACUACUGGGCCAAAUGUAAUCAAACUUGGCCACAAUCAUCAUUAGGGUAACUUGUUUAAAAAUUGUGUGGCAUGACCCGACCAACCAACCAAGAUGGCCGUAAUGGCUAAAACUAGAACAAGGGGUAAAAUGUAGAUUUUGGCUUAUAACUCUGAAACCAAAGCAUUUAGAGCAAAUCUGACAUGGGAUAAAAUUGUCUAUUAGGUCAAGAUCUAUCUGCCCUGAAUUAUUCAGACAAAUCAGAAAACCAGUUAUUGGGUUGCUGCCCACAAAUUAGUAAUUUUAAGAAAAGUUUGCAGAUUUUGGUUAUUAUCUUGAAUAUUAUUAUAGAUAAAGAUAAACUGUAAACAGAAAUAAUGUUCAGCAAAGUAAGAUCUACAAAUAAGUCAACAUGAACAAAAUGGUCAGUGGAUCCCUCAAGGAGUUAGUGCCCUUUAUAGUUAAUUUUGUAAAUUUUUGAAAAUAUUUUCCACUGUAGUUAUUUGGCCAAGUUCAUUAUAGAUAGAGAUAAUUGUAGAAACAAGAAUGUUCAGUAAUUAAAGAUCUAAAAACACAUCAUCACCGGAACACAAUUUUGUCAUGAUUUUAUGUGUUUAUUGUUUGAUAUACACAUAGACCAAGGUGAGUGACACAGGCUCUUUAGAGCCUCUAGUUUUCAAAUCUUUGUCUUUAGUCUUUUGCAAAUCUAUCCAUGGUUAUUUCUUUGUAAAAAUUUCAGCUUCAAAUUUAUAUUAUAAGCAUUUACUUGCCAUUAUUUUAUGAACAGAGGCUAGCUUAAAAUGCAUAUUUUAAAUAUGAUGAGCAAGAUAUUUUAUUGAUGAAGAUUUCAAAAAAAUAUAAUACUUGUUUUGGAGUAAUCUCCCCUGAAAUAUUCUCACCCGACCCCUUUACCCCUUCUUAAUUGCUAGCAGUUAUUGGCUGUAAGGCCAACUAAAAUUAAUGAGUAGAUAUUCACCCAGAUUGCUAAAAAAAAAUCGUGCUGGUGGGAGGACUGAAAUUUAUGAGUAUUCAUGAUAAAGCCAUGGGACAUUUUGCAUUACAUUGCAAGACACUUGACCAUGGAAAAAUCAAACGGGAGUGACCUUGUGUAAACUGGAAGUAGCUAUUUUUUGUACUCAUUUAAUGCAAAAGUGUAUUGAACAAUAUGUUUUGGGGAAAAUUAUCAAGUAAUUGGACAAUAACUUGAGUUAAGUGUAUGGAUCUCAAUAACUUGAGUUAAGUGUAUGGAUCUCUCUUAAAUUGUACCACAAGAUUCCAUAUCACAAAGGGAAAGCUGUGAUUGAGUUUGGGGGUAAUUAUGGACUUAUCUUUAUUAUAUUUAUUUCUUUAAAUGCUGGACUUGUACAAUUAUUUGUCACUUAUUUAUUUAUAAUCUUUACAAUAUUGUUGAUUGAAAUUCAUACACUGAAAUUGUGUAUAUUUAAAAUGAUUUAUACCAUGGUCAUCAAAUUGUCAUUUUAAUUUAAUGUAUUUGAUGGUAUGUUCUAUUUCUUAGUUAAGUUUAAUUUUAA